AUGUCACAACUACCUGGCGGCGGCGGCGUGAGAUCACUCCGUGCUAUGUUUGAGAGCUCGCAUCCCGAGCGCUCUGCCUCCCCUGAGCUUCGUGGCCGUUCGCCCACCCCCGGCUCACCCUCUGUUCGCAGCAGCGAGUCCAAUUCGCGCCCGGCAUCCAAGGUGCGCGCCAGCUUCAUUUCCGUCGGCCCCUUCGAUUCGCCCCCGACCAGCAUGCCGGGAGAGAACGGCGUCGACAGCCCGGCUGUUGAGAGCCCGCCCAGCGACGCCAUCGACGCCCUCAGGGCCGCCGCGCCUUCCGAGCCGACCGGCAGCACCCUGACGCAGCGCCGCGGCAGCAUGAGCCUCGAUCCCAGCCGCGACUCCGAGACGCUGGAGGAGCUCCGGCACACCGUGUCGUCCGAGGCCGAGCACCGCCGCGCCAGCGUCGACAUCAAGGAGACGGUGCCCGAGAACGCCGUCUUCACCGGCCCGACCAACACGCCUUUCAUGGAGAUCAAGGAGGACAAGGCCAUGGGCAACUUUGUCGACAACCAAAACAACCAGUUGAACGACGCCAAGAAGUCGGGCGAGCCCGGCCCGAAGGAGGAAGCGACGACGGAGAACGCGCAGCGCGUUCUCCAGGAAGCUGCCGCCGGCCUGAAGCGCGUCGAGGUUGCCGCCGAGGAGAAGAAGUCGGAAUCCGCCAACAAGUCGUCGUCUGACGCCACCGCUACCGCACCAACUCCCGCCACCGAAGAACUGAACGAAGACGUCGCCAUUCCUACCGAAGAGCCCACAAUGUCUCAGCCUGACAAGAAGACCGCUGUGGAGGACCCGAACGCUGAGAUGAAGCCCUCGGACCCCAAGGAAGAGAGCGCUGUUUCCGGAGGCGAGGGUCUGCCGCCGCCUACCGAGACUCUGAAGCCUCUGGGCACUGAGAAGGCCGCUGAGGAGGCGCCUGAACCUGUCGCUGAAGAGAAGACUGAGGAAAAGGCCGAGGAAGUCGAGCCCCAGCCCGAGACGAAGGCCGAUGCCGCGCCUGAGCCUGUUCCUGAGCCCGCUGAGACGAAGCCCGAGCCUGCGCUGGCUGAGGAGAGCAAGCCGUCCGGAGCCAAGUCUCCCGCUCCCCCUGCGACUCCCACCUCGCCGAUUGCUUCCCCGAAGUCGACGACCUCGAAAACUUCGACCGCCAAGGAGCCCGCGAAGAGGGCGAGCAGGACUUCGCUCAAGUCUGCGACUUCCAGCUCCGCCGCGAAGCCUCGCGCUUCGUCCAGGCCUGCUUCCGAGAGGAAGGCUCACGCCACGCCCCCUUUUACGAAGCCCAGACCAAAGUCGCCUACGCGCCCCGCCAAGCUCCCCUCGCACCUGACGCAGCCCACGGCUGCUUCUGCGGCGAAGCGCGAUGCUGAGAAGGAGGAGAAGAAGCCUGCCGCCAAGCCCAGGACGACGACGACCCCCCGCGCCCCCGCCGUCGCGGCCAAGACCACGACUGCUGCGGCCAGCAAGACGGCAGCCGAGAAGAAGGCCGGUUCUCGCCCCUCGCUGCCUGCGCAGAGCACCGCCAAGCGCCCCGAGUCCCGCACUUCCAGGCCCAGUGUUGGUGCCCGUGCGCCCGAUGACAGCUUCCUUGCCCGCAUGAUGCGCCCGACGGCAUCCUCUGCCAACAAGACCCACGAGAAGAAGGAUGAUGUCAAGUCGCCCCCGCGCCGCACGGUGUCGACGAAGUCGAAGCAGACGAACGGCAGCAGCGUUGCUGCGAAGGCGAAGACAAAGGUUGUGGAGGGUAUCGACAAGGCGAAGGAGAAGAUUGCGGAGAAGGAUACUGAGGAAAAGCAGGAGGAAAGCUCGGGACCGAAGCUGGAGCCGGCGGCCCCCAUCACUGAGAAGCCGGUGGAGGAGGAACAGGCGGCCGAGGAGGAGGGCAAGAACACGCCGGAAGAGGAGAGCGGGGAGACUAUGACGCAAACGCCUGCGGGUAUUGAGGGCGGUGUUAUUCGCUUUAGCAACGCCAGCAGCAUGACCGCCUAUUCUUCCGCCAGCACCGCCUUCUCCGCCUCGACCGCCGCCACGUCCGUCUACGGCGGUAGCACCCCGACCAGCAACAGCGGCUGUACGUGUGGCUCGACCCCGUCGUCCGUCUGUGGCGACAUUCCUCCUCUUCCCGUCAAGCCCGCCUCCGCUGCCCCGCGCAGGGGUCGCAUCUCGAACUUGGUUGCGUUUUUUGAGAAUAACCAGUAA